CCUCGGAGACAUGGAGGCUGGAGAAGAGGCCCAGGCCACAGAGACUGGCCUCCCACAGCGGGAAGCUGCAGCACCAGAGCCAGAGGCCUCGGGGGAACCUAAGCCCCUGAGCCCUUCCAGUCCAGAAGUUAAUCCCCUGCCACCACCGCCCCCCACACCUCCAAGAGGCCCCGAGGAGACCAAGGGGCAGGAGUCAGAGACGAGUCUGGAGGAGGAAGCCAGCUGCUCCUGGAAUGGACCAGACGAGCUGGAGCAGGUCCUGCAGGAUGGACAGAAAUGCGUGCAAGCUCGACACAGCCUCGCUGAGGGCCUGUCUUGGGGUCCAUUCCGAGGAAGCAUCCAGAGCAGAGCCUCUUCCCCCGGGCAGGCAGAACCGAGCCCAGCCCUGACUCUGCUGCUGGAGGACGAGGCCUGCUGGCUGAGGACACUGCCCUGUGCCCUGACGGAGGCCGAGGCCAAUGCGGAGAUCCACAGGAAGGAUGAAGCCCUCUGGUGCAGGCUUACCAAGCCGGUGCCAGCAGGUGGACUGCUGAGCGUGCUCCUCUCAGCUGAGCUUCACAGCACCCCCAGCCACCCUGUGAAGAAGGAGCCAGCAGAGCCCGAGUGCUUGGCCCCCUCACACACUGACAUCCAGCUUCUGCCCCAGCAGGCCGGCAUGGCAUCUAUCCUAGCCACAGCAAUCAUCAACAAAGACGUCUUCCCUUGCAAGGACUGUGGCAUUUGGUACCGUAGUGAGCGGAAUCUGCAAGCUCACCUCCUGUACUACUGCGCCAGUCGCCAAAGCGCCAGCUCCCCUGCCACAGCCAUCACGGAUGAGAAGCCCAAGGAGCCGUACCCCAACGAGCGCAUCUGCCCCUUCCCCCAGUGCCGCAAAAGCUGCCCUAGCGCCAGCUCCCUGGAGAUCCACAUGCGCAGCCACAGUGGCGAGCGCCCUUUCGUGUGUCUCAUCUGCCUGUCGGCCUUCACCACCAAGGCCAACUGCGAGCGGCACCUCAAGGUGCACACCGACACACUGAGCGGUGUCUGCCACAGCUGUGGCUUCAUCUCCACGACAAGGGAUAUCCUCUACAGCCACCUGGUGACCAACCACAUGGUCUGCCAGCCAGGCUCCAAGUCUGAGAUCUAUUCAUCAGGGGCCGGCCACCCGGCAGUCAAGCACCCCUCAGAAAGUCUGGCCGGCUUCCAGCAGCACACAGCCCUGCACGGCCCCCUGGCCUCCGCCGAACUGGGCCUGGCACCCACACCAUCACCAGGACUGGACAGGAAAGCCCUGGCCGAAGCCACCAACGGAGAGGCCAGAGCAGCCUCCCAGAAUGGGGGCAGCGGGGAGCCCCUGGCUGUCCACAGGAGCAUCAAGGUGGAGGCAGCUGAGGAGCCCGAAGUGGAGCCAGGGCCCCCCCCAGCCCCUUCGUCGCGGACACCCUCACCGCCCAGCCCCGCGCCGGCCCGGGUCAAGACCGAGCUGCCCAGCCCCACACCCGGCUCCAGUCCAGGCCCUGGCGCGCUCUUCCUGCCACAGUUCCCCGCGGCACCCCCAGCCUCGGAGAUUCUGGCCAAGAUGUCGGAGCUGGUGCACAGCCGGCUACAGGCAGGGGUAGGCGCGGGCGCAGGGUCGCCAGCCGGCUUACUCGCGGGGGCCCCCAAGGGCGCCACGUGCUUCGAGUGCGACAUCACCUUUAACAACGUCAGCAACUUCUACGUGCACAAGCGCCUCUACUGCUCUGGCCGCCGCGCACCAGACGAUUGGGGCGACGAGGAGGACGACCCCCGCCGGACGCUGUGUGAGGCGUGCAACAUCCGCUUCAGCCGCCACGAGACGUACACGGUGCACAAGCGCUACUACUGCGCCUCGCGACACGAUCCGCCGCCGCGCCGGCCCGCGCCCCCGGGAACUACCGGCACCCCUGCGCCUGUAGCGCCGCCUGUGCGCACGCGCAGGCGCCGCAAGCUCUACGAGCUGCAGGCGGCCAGCCCCGCCCCCGCAAAAAAAGCCCCUGAGCCGCCUGCUUCGCCGUCGCCACGGCCCGGAAGCGGAAGUGGGCCCGAUCCCUCUGAUGGGCCUAUCGACCUGAGCAAAAAGCCGCGGCGCCAGGCCCCCGCCACGCCUUUAACCGGCCCUACGCCUGUGCUGCCUGCCCUGGCAGACUAUCACGAGUGCACUGCCUGUCGCGUGAGCUUCCACAGCCUCGAGGCCUACCUGGCGCACAAGAAGUUCUCGUGCCCCGCGGCACCGCGCCGCCCUCGCGCCCCCGAAGACCCUGCCGUCGUGUGCCCCUACUGCCCCCCGAACGGCCUGGUUUGCGGAGACCUAGUCGAGCACUUGCGUCUGGCGCACGGCCUGCUGCUGGGAAAACCCCUGGCUGGCCCCGGCGCGGAGGCCCGGACUCCCUCGCCCGCCGCUCCUCGCGAUGGCCUUAAUGGCCAGGAGGUGCCCGCUGGGCCUCCUGACAGCAGCCCCAGGUCUGGCCCGACCCCGGCCCCUCCAACGCCUCCUUCCCACUUGGACAAAGGCGUCCAAACCCCCAGCAAAGGGACGCCGGGACCCCUGCCCAACGGCAACCACAGGUACUGCCGCCUGUGCAACAUCAAGUUCAGCAGCUUGUCCACCUUCAUCGCCCACAAGAAGUAUUACUGUUCCUCGCACGCCGCUGAGCACGUGAAGUGACUAGCGGCCACACUACAGACAGGAGACUGCUUCACACGCCCCGCUAUUCUCCAGGAGUCAGGGCCCGCCGGCCUACCGCUCACAGAGACAGGAUCACCCCCAACCCCCUGGCUGUUGGGGACUCUGGCUCCUGGGAAACGCACCAAGCACUGGCUUCGGCAGAGGGGGCUGCAGGGGGCAGCACCAGCCUGGACCCUUGGCACUUAAUAAAGAAGUACAAUUUGAUAAGCAGA